UUCCCAAACAUCUUCUCGUCGAAUAUCCAACGAGGAGUCUGUUAGCUAGACAGGGUUGAUCACGUUUAAUUCGACGUGGCGGAUUGAAGAAACCGAGUGGUUGUUGUUCAUAAAAUAACGUCAGUUGACAUUUCCCUUGCUGACAGCUGGUGCGAGCUCAAAACCGACAAGUUAAUAUCAGGAUGGCCGAGGCGCCAGGUACUUCUAGCGAGACGAUAACGGAGACCGUUCAAAUUAACACACCUCCACCGCCCCAGCAGGAGGGACGUAGCCUGACUAUCAAGCUGAGGAAGAGGAAGACUGACAAGAAGGUGGAGUGGUCCAGCGACACAGUGGACAACGAACAUCUGGGAAGGAGGUCCUCCAAGUGUUGCUGCGUCUACGAGAAGCCCAAACAGUUUGGGGAGUCCUCCUCUGAAAGCGAGGGAGAUGACGGCGACGAGGGCUGUGGAAGUGCACACUGCAUUCUAGGACAUGGGAAAGACGGCAGGCAUGGACACAGAGGAGGGGGUGGGGGGAGUACGGUGCCUCCCAGCUCUGGGGGAUCACACGCCCACUAAUGAUCAGGAGUGGUGCUGAGGGAGGAGUGGAGCCUGGGGGUUCUUCUGUCCAUGACAAUGACACAUCUGCUACUACACACGCUCUCAUUUAGUUCAAUCACUGCAGUACUGGAGGAACAGGACGAGACAAAUAAAGAUUAGGGGAGAGGGAGGGAGAGAGAGAGCCUAUAUUUCUGCCUGUUUGAUAAGAAAAAUGGGUGCGGUUGGGAGUUAAUUGUAUAUAGUACAAUCAUUUAACUUAUUUUUAUAAAGAAUCAUUUUCCUUAUUUAUUUAUUUGACUUAAUACUUGAUUUUACUUAGUUAUGUGGCAGUAUCUUAGCCUGGGUGCCAGACAGUGUUCCUGUCUUUGGAAAGAAGAUUAUGUAACAUUGUAGAGAGCAUAAAUAGUCUAGUACCCAGACUACCACUAGGUGUGCGUCCCAAAUGACACCCUAGUCCCUAUAUAAGGCCCUGGUCAAACGUAGUGCACUUUUUAUAGGGAAUAGGCUGCCAGUUGGGACACAGCCUCUAUCUCUAUCUUCAAAGUAAUGAUUUUAAAAGCCUCCAUUAAUGCUUUAACAACAAACACUUUUUCUUGUUUUAUGGACACAUUGUUUUACAUAAACAGUAGUCUAUCGGUAACAUUCAAGAUGUUUAGGAGAGUAUUUAGGACACAGUUUUAAGAAGCUGUUUUUGAGAUAAGCUGGUCUUUUUCUUAUUUUCACGUAACAUUGCUGUAGUCAUUACGUAUCACCUUUUUUAGUUGAGUGCAGUGAAAAUGUGUUCCUCUCUCCAACCUUUACAGACAAUCCUCAGAAGUGUUGAGUACAUAAGUCUCAGCACUUCAAAUUAAGAAUAUAGUUGGUGGCAAAUUGCCUUAAAUUCUGAGAUGUCAGACAUUCUUUCCAAUAAUUGUUCAGAGAAGAUGAUGAAAGGAUCAAAUGUUAUUUUGUAUUUAUGAGGUUGAGGUGAGAGAUGUCAACUUAUAAGAAUCAGAAAAAGCUCACAAAGCAUACAUCCUUUUUGGUCAUUUAAUUCAUUCUCCCCCUCUGAGAAUGAAUGCACUAGGGCAACGUUGGCACUAACUAAAGCUGCAUGCUAAUUGGUUUACAGAAAAAAAGUUGCCUUUGGAAAUUCUAGGCUUUGCAUCAUACCUAUUGCGCUUUAUCUGCUGUGAUCAGCAGAAGAAAAUAGUUGUUUGAAUGAGAGGAGAUAAA